CUGUAGCCAGCAGCGCAUCAAAAAAAAAGAAAAGAAAAGAUGCCAGCUCUUGAAUUCCCUGCCAUUUUUACGCCCGCGAAUUAGAGGACGCGCUCGGACACGAAAGGAAACAGACGCAGAUGGUGGAAUAGUGAGAAAUCCGUCGCGUUCCCUCUGACGCGUUUGCGGAUCAUUCUUCUCAGCUGACGCGGCGAAACGGUACCGACUGCUGUAACGUUACGCGCGAGAUCGGGCCGAAUUUUGCGCACAUUUCACCGUCAGGAAAUGAGUAUAGAAAUCCCCGAGGGCUUGACGGAGCUUCUGCAGAGCUUUACCGUGGAGGUCCUGAGGAACCAGCCGGGGGAUCUGCUGGAGUUCGCGCUGCAGUACUUCACGCGUCUCAAGGAGAACGAGAGCCGCGGCGGCGCGUUUGGCAAUGAGCACAAUUCAGCCGCGCGAGCGGGGAAAGCCGUCAACUUCAUCGAAGAGGCCAUGCAGAUUGACUCCGAAAACGGAGAGGACGAGGACGAUGAUGAAGAAUUCAUAGCUCCGGUUAUCAACAGAUUUGUCCGGAGAGCUUCUGUUUGUGCGGAGGCGUACAACCCUGAUGAGGAUGAAGAGGAGAGAGAACCAAGGGUCACUCACCCCAAAACAGACGAGCAGAGACAGAGACUACAGGAAGCCUGCAAAGACAUCCUACUGUUCAAAAACCUGGACCAGGAGCAGAUGUCGCAAGUCUUGGAUGCCAUUUUUGAGAAGGUAGUAGUGACCGGAGAGCACAUCAUCGAUCAAGACGACGAUGGCGACAACUUCUACGUCAUUGAGAGAGGAACAUUUGACAUCAUGUUGAAAGUGGAAGGCACCACGCGGACCGUGGGCUCUUAUGACAACCGUGGGAGUUUUGGAGAGUUGGCCCUCAUGUACAACACGCAGAGGGCCGCCACCAUCAUCGCUACCUCACCUGGAGCCCUGUGGUGCCUCGAUCGGUUGACAUUCAGAAGGAUCAUCUUAAAGAAUAAUGCAAAGAAAAGAAAAAUGUACGAGGCUUUCAUCGGGACUCUUCCACUGCUCACGUCACUGGAGGUUUCAGAGAGAAUGAAGGUUGUUGAUGUCUUGUCGACCAAAGUGUACAACAGCGGGGAACAGAUCAUUGCUCAGGGUGAUUUGGCAGAUUGUUUCUACAUCGUAGAGUCAGGACACGUCAGGAUCACUAUGAAGAGGAGCAAAUCGAAAAACGAUACUGAAGACGAGGAGGUGGAAAUCGCCACAUGCUCUAGAGGCCAGUAUUUCGGAGAGUUGGCGCUCGUCACUAACAAGCCACGGGCGGCUUCUGCGUAUGCCAUGGACAACGUCAAAUGCUUAGCGAUGGACGUGCAGGCGUUUGAGAGGAUAUUAGGCCCCUGCAUGGACAUCAUGAAACGAAACAUAGCGAAUUACGAGGAGCAGCUGAUCACUCUCUUCGGGAGUCACAUUGCAAUAGAGGAGCCGAAUGCAUGAAAUCAGUUAAUCAAUAAACAUCGCAAACUUAAAAUGCAAUGUGAAACGAUGAGAAAAUGGUAAGUAGAGGCCUGUCAUCAUGGUCAAGAAAUCGUGUUAACAUAGGUCAUAAGCUUGAAGUUAUUGUUUUGCAUUCACAGAUGUGAAACUCCGGUGUGUGUCAAUGAUCAUGAUUUUUUUUAGAUGUGAAAAGCCAAAUGUGAGCGCUUUCCUCCAGGGUACUCGAGGUUUAUGGGAGUUUCCUCGUGGUUAUUUGGUUUGGGGAUUUGGUACCGGUGUGUUUAUCGAAAUUUUUCUCGUUUUUUAAACUUGGUUUGUGUUUCUUUCACAUGCUGCAUCUUUUACACAAAGACUGCAUUGUUAUGCCAUAUACAGCACAGUAAUAUGUUAAUUUAUUCUUUUAAAGCUAUUCUUCUGAAUUUUUAAAUCUGCUGUUGAGCAUUUGUCAAAUGUUUUCAGUGUUAUGUAAGUCAUUUUUACUGCGAGCCACCAUUUUUGACUAAACAUGAAUUCUGCAUCUGAGAUUCAUGAAUUGCAUCUUGAUGACACCUGUUACAAAAAAUGUGAACAGUUACUUAUAAUGAAUUAUGGACUACAUGCCAGAGUUUAAAGUCAACAUGAAAACUAAAUUGAACGUAUUUACUUAGAGCACGUUAAUAAUAAUAAUAAUUUUUUUUUUUUUUAAGUUUGUAUUAAAAUUGCAAUCCCUCUAAAACAACAUUUGAAGUCAUAAAUGAAUUCUGGUAUGAAACACCCUUUUUUUAACCGUCCAAUCAAUUCUGCUCAAUAAAAUCAGGUCCUACCUAUUUUUUUUCUUGUUGAAUAUCCUAUUUAACUCAUAAAUACUUCAGAUUACAGAAGUAAAAUGAGUUGCAAACUGUUUCACGUUGACUUUUAUACUCAAGUUUCAUUACAUUUCCAGGAGUUAGUAAACUUUCAAAUUGCUUGAGAAUACGAUAUGAGAAAAGGAGAUGGAGAUGCACAGACUCGAUUACAUAUAAAAAUGAAAAUGCAGUCUGAAUAUUAUUGCACUUUGAUGCCAGUGUAAUGAAAAUACAUAAUUUAAUGGAAUAGCUCACCAAAAAAUGAAAAUUUUCCUCACCCUCAGGCCAUCCAAGAUGUAGAUGAAUUUGUUUCUUCAUCAGGU